AUGGGGCUUCGCGCGCUCAUCUCCGUGUCGGACAAGACGGGCCUCGCCGACUUCGUCAAGGGCCUCCACGCCGCGGGCGUGUCCAUCCUCUCCACCGGCGGCACCGCAAAGGCCAUUCGCGACGCCGGCGUUCCGUGCACCGACGUCUCCGAGUACACCCAGUCGCCCGAGGUGAUGGACGGCCGCGUCAAGACGCUGCAUCCGCGCGUGCACGGCGGCAUCCUGAUGCGCGACACGGCGGCCGACCGCGAGGAGCUCAGCGGCAAGCUCGGCGGCGAGCCCAUCGACCUCGUCGUCGUCAACCUCUACCCGUUCGCCGCGACCGUCGCCAAGGGCGCGCCUUUCGACGUGUGCAUCGAGAACAUCGACAUCGGCGGCCCGACGAUGGUGCGCGCCGCGGCCAAGAACCACGCCCGCGUGACAAUCCUCGUCGAGCCGUCCGACUACGCGGGCUACCUCGCCUCGCUGCCCGCGGGCCCCGACGGGUCCGAGCGCGCCAAGUACGCCCUCAAGGCCUUUUCUCACACGGCGACGUACGACACCGCCGUCGCCGAGUGGAUGCAGUCGCAGCUCUGCGAGGGGCGGAGCGCGGUGCUGCCGCUCAAGUACGGCUGCAACCCGCAGCAGAAGCCCGCGUCGGUGCGCGGCCUGCUCUCGCCGCUCGGCCCGCAGCCUCUCCCCUUUUCCGUCCUCUGCGGCACGCCCGGCUACAUCAACCUGCUCGACGCCGUCAACGCCUGGCAGCUAGUCAAGGAGCUCGGGCAGGCGACGGGGCUGCCGGCGGCCGCCUCGUUCAAGCACGUCUCCCCGGCGGGCGCCGCGGUGUACGCCCCCCUCUCGGACGACAUGCUCGAGGUGUACGAGGCUGCGGGCAAGCAGCUCUCCCGCACCGCCGCGGACCCGCUCUGCUCGUUCGGCGACUUCGUCGCCGUCUCGGAGGUCGUGGACGCGUCGACGGCGGCGCUGCUCAAGAUUGAGGUUUCGGACGGCAUCAUCGCCCCCGGCUUCGAGCCCGAGGCGCUCGAGGUGCUCCGGGCAAAGAAGGGCGGCAAGUACAUCGUCCUGCAGGCGGACGCAGACUUCGCGCCGCCCGACGAGGAGUCUCGCACCAUCUACGGCGCACAGUUCCGGCAGCGGCGCGCGCUCGACGUCAUCACCGACGCGACGCUGGCCAACGUGGUCACCGCCAAGAAGGAGCUGGGCGAGGGUGCGCGGCGCGACCUCCUCGUCGCGCAGGUCGCCAUCAAGUACACGCAGUCCAACUCGGUCGGCUACGCCAAAGACGGCCAGAUGGUGGGCGUCGGCGCGGGGCAGCAGUCGCGGGUGGACUGCUGCAAGCUGGCGGGCCGCAAGGUCGAGACGUGGUACCUGCGGCAGCACCCGAAGGUGCGCGCGCUGCCCUUCAAGCCGGGCGUCAAGCGGCAGGAGCGCAUCAACGCGCGCGUGCGCUACAUCGAGGGCGACAUGCCCCCGACCGAGCGCGCGCAGUGGCUGACCAACUUCGAGUCCGAGCCCGAGGAGCUCACCGCGGCGGAGAAGUCGGCGUACCUCAAGACGCUCGACGGCGUCUCGCUGGCGUCGGACGCCUUCUUCCCCUUCCGCGACUCGAUCGACGUGGCCUCGACGCGCGGCGUCGACUACGUCGUCGCGGCGGGCGGCUCGGUCGGCGAUCCGGAGGUGAUCGCCGCCGCAGACCAGUACGGCAUGACGAUGGCCUUCUCGGGCGUGCGCCUCUUCCACCACUGAGGCCCUCGCGCCAGGCGCGCCAGCGCUGAGGCGGCCCCCGGCGGCAGACGCCCGCGGGUGAGGUGCUCACGUUUGUCGGCCCUCGCCCGCAUGCGCGCCAACCACAGUCCAUACCACUCCAGCGCGCUCAGUCGUGGUGCUCAACACACCACGCACACUCCGUAUGUACUGAGGUGAAGUAGAACACCAAGCGUGCGUGCAAAACUGUUGGAGAUCUAUAAAACGUGACCUCGGAAGCC